UCUAGGUAUGCCUCAUGAUCACCCUAGACAUACAAUCCCGAAAAAAUGAUUCAGAAUCUUUGUGCCACCUUUUGAGUAAAUAGAUUUGUUUUCCAAUUGUUCCUCUGCGACGUAACUUUACCUGUUGUAGCUCGUUGUUCUUGCGCUAGAAACUUCGAACAAACAUCACUUAUCAUAGUCCACCCUUCGACUGCAUCUUCUUCUUCUGUGCUUGUAGAAGAUACGCAUAUUUUUAUUUCCACCUUCUCCGUCCAUCAUCCUCGAGUUCAACAAGAAUUUGUUGUAUCGAUUUAGUUUUUGAAACAAAAUGGAGCCGUUAUCGGAAAACAAUGACGCGCCCACAAGCUCGAGUCCCCACAGUCACGGUGGGACUACAUCGUCUAACAAGGAGUUUCAUCGACAAAUGUCCUUACCUUCUAAGGAAACUCUGGAGGUUUUAGAGAUGCUAGCCAAAAGCUACCAGGAAUUGGUCGAUCGUGCUAACGGGAUUGAAGCAGAUUUUCGCACUGGAACUUCUUCGGGAGGAAAGGCCACGACGGCCCUGUCUCAAGUCGAGGCGGACGCCAAUCGGUUGCAAGAAAAGGGUGUGGACUCCGUACAAAUCGCAGAGUUGCACAGCGGAAAAGAAACGGCUAGAGCCUUGAGAAGAAGUUUAAACCAAGGACUGGAGGACUUUUUUGAACGUUUGGGGUUUCUGUUUAAAGAGUUUAGAAAAGGCAGUGUUGCUAGUGAUGGUAAAAAUGAUGGUGGUGAUGUGAAUGGUGCAGGAGCUACAGUGAAUGAUCAACAUGCGAAAAAUACUGGUGCAACUACAAGACCAAUACAACAACCUACUACAACAUCUUCAGCACAACAUCAAGCGUCACCUGCGGCACAGCAUCAAGCCGCGUCAUCUGCGCACAUGUGCGGCCCAACAGUAAGAGGAGGUGCUCAGGUAGACCCACAGGUAGUUCCACCUGGGUCUGUACACUAUCCCAGUCUAAGCCCACCUGGUGAUGUAAGAGGGGAACGCACACCGAGGCGGGACCUUGAUCAGCUUCCGCACCUUAGGCAGCAAGAACAGACCCGACAAGACCUAUUCCGCCAACAGCAUGCGGAGCAAAUGCGCCAACAACAACUCCAGCAGGAGCAGAUGCGCCACCAGCAAGCUCAGGCUCAACAAGAGCAAAUGCGCCAACAGCAAGUAGAGCAGAUGCGACAGCAAGAGUAUGACCGACAGCGACGCGCAUAUCUAGAGGAGCAAAGAAGGGCUCAACAAAGAGACCCCUUCGGAAUCUUCGGGCCGUGGGGAGGCUUAGACCCUUAUCGUGGUCGACGCAGAGGCUUCUUUGACAUGUAAGCUUGCUACUAGUGAAGAAAGAGAGACCACGAGAGACCACGUGCUUUCUGUAUAAGUGGAAUACUACACUCGAUGAUCAUGAAGGUGAAGGCUACUGGUAGAUACAGGUAUGUGCUUCAUACAAACGAUGAUGAAGGCAGGGCUCUCGAGUCAUGCCCACACCGCCUUCAUGCUCGUUGUAUUCCUUCUCUUAAUAUCAUAACCCUGAUAUUAACUUUUUCAUAACUACUAGAUCGAAGACAGAAUACGAACCCCAGAAUAUCAACAUUGUUGACUUCCUCCGUGACCUUUCACCUGAUUUUUGACUGCUCAUUUCCAUUGGCACGACAUCACUUCUCAUUUGAUCACGACCUGCAACACCUUGAUGUCAUUUGAGGAGAUGAAUAUGUUGUGCCACAAAGACCGAAGCCUAUGGACCAUGUAAAGAACAAUAUGUUGACAUCGCAAGUAAAAAGAACAAGAAGUUGUGAU